AUGCCUCAAGGAGAUUACAUAGAGCUGCACAGGAAGAGGAAUGGAUACCGCCUCGACCACUUCGAGCGUAAGCGCAAGAAGGAGGCGCGUGAAGUCCACAAACAUUCUGAGAGAGCCCAGAAGGCAAUUGGUAUUAAGGGAAAGAUGAUUGCGAAGAAAAAUUAUGCUGAGAAGGCUCUGAUGAAGAAAACAUUGGCUAUGCACGAGGAGUCAACAUCUAGGCGCAAGGUGGAUGAUAAUGUUCUUGAUGGAGCUGUUCCUGCCUAUCUGUUGGAUCGUGAAAACACUGCACGAGCAAAGAUUCUUAGCAACAGUAUAAAGCAAAAGAGGAAAGAGAAGGCUGGAAAAUGGGAGGUCCCUCUACCCAAGGUGAGGCCUGUUGCAGAGGAUGAAAUGUUUAAAGUUAUUCGAUCUGGCAAACGGAAGACCAAGCAGUGGAAGAGAAUGGUCACGAAGGCCACAUUUGUGGGACCAGGUUUUACAAGAAAACCUCCCAAGUAUGAGCGAUUUAUUCGUCCUUCAGGGCUGCGAUUUACCAAGGCUCAUGUGACACACCCUGAACUCAAGUGUACCUUUAACCUUGAGAUCAUUGGAGUAAAGAAAAACCCCAAUGGUCCUACGUACACAUCUCUUGGUGUUAUAACCAAGGGAACUAUCAUUGAGGUGAAUGUCAGUGAAUUAGGUCUUGUCACACCAGCUGGUAAAGUUGUAUGGGGUAAGUCGGGCCUGUCAAACUUGGUUUCGCAGCAGAUAUUGUUUCAACUGUAG